UCCAUCUGGUGGCGCUGCAUACCAAAACGUGAUUGAAUGUCCAACACGGCUGAGAGUAGAAGAAGCUUCCCCCCACGACUUUGACGUUUAGCAGCAGAGGCUGUCUUGACCUUCCAACUGUAGCUUGAUAAACUAAAAGAUGGCUGGGCGCAUGUUCCAAAGUUGGUGGGCCAAGGUGAGCCCUUACUACACAAAGGCUUACCAAGAGAUGUGGGUUGGUGUUGGCAUCAUGACAUACCUGUACUACAAAGUUUCCUAUGGGGGCAAGAAGGCUGUGAAGGACAAGCCUGCCCAUUGAGAUUCCACCAUGCUGACCACCCUUCCACCUGCUGUGAAAUAAUGCCCCAGUCGCUAGUCCAGAAGUCCAGCCUCAUAUUUGAAUUUUUGUUAAUAUGGAACAAAUAAAGUUGUUAUCCAAAUC